GCCGCAGCCCAGCCGCGCUGCUUUGGGAAACCACUGGGGACGCGGAGCGGGGGGGGAUCCGAGGGCUGGGGACGUCCGUGAGGGAGGGGAACAGCCGCCCGGGUUUGCGGCAGAGAGACCGGACUGGGGCCGGGGGAGACUCCGGGAAGGGGCCCGGGAGGGAGUGGCGUUGGGCAGAGCCCAGGAAGCAGCCCGGAGGUUCUCCACUGAGGCCCGCGCUGAAGGCGCCUGAAGAGGUACCUGGAAGAGGGUGUUCCCCUUUUAGGGGGUUCGUGACCCGCGGAGGUUGUUGGGGGUCGCCCUUCCGAGGAGGCCGCGGCUAAAGGGGCCCAGCACUGCCGCUGGAUGACCCGGAUUCCCCGCAAUUGAUAAUGUUGGAGAUCAGUUCUACAACUUUAUUCCACAUUCAGUUGUUAAAAACAAAUAGAAUGCAAGUUCCUCGACUCCAGAUUAUGAAAACAGUACUUGGAAAACUGAAAACUAUCUAAAUGAUUGUCUUUGGUUGGGCCGUGUUCUUAGUGAGCAGAAGCCUUGGCCAGGGUCUGCUGUUGACUCUUGAGGAGCACAUAGCCCACUUCCUGGGGACUAGGGGUGCCACUGCUACCAUGGGUAAUUCCUGUAUCUGCCGAGAUGACAGCGGAGCGGAGGACAGUGUUGACACCCAGCAGCAGCAGGCUGAGAACAGUGCAGUACCCACUGCUGACGCGAGGAGCCAACCCCGGGAUCCUGUUCGGCCACCAAGGAGGGGCCGAGGACCCCAUGAGCCAAGGAGAAAAAAACAAAAUGUAGAUGGGCUAGUGCUGGACACUCUAGCAGUCAUACGGACUCUUGUAGAUAAUGAUCAGGAACCUCCCUAUUCAAUGAUUACAUUGCACGAAAUGGCAGAAACAGAUGAAGGAUGGUUGGAUGUUGUCCAGUCUUUAAUUAGAGUUAUUCCAUUGGAAGAUCCACUGGGACCAGCUGUUAUAACAUUGUUACUAGAUGAAUGUCCAUUGCCCACUAAAGAUGCACUCCAGAAACUGACUGAAAUUCUGAAUUUAAAUGGAGAAGUAGCUUGCCAGGACUCAGGUCAUCCUGCCAAACACAGGAACACAUCUGCAGUCCUAGGCUGCUUGGCUGAGAAACUAGCAGGUCCUGCAAGUAUAGGCUUACUUAGCCCAGGAAUACUGGAAUAUUUGCUACAGUGUCUGAAGUUACAGUCCCACCCCACAGUCAUGCUUUUUGCACUUAUCGCACUGGAAAAGUUUGCACAGACAAGUGAAAAUAAAUUGACUAUCUCUGAAUCCAGUAUUAGUGACCGACUCAUCACAUUGGAGUCCUGGGCUGAUGAUCCUGAUUAUCUGAAGCGUCAAGUCGGUUUCUGUGCCCAGUGGAGCUUAGACAAUCUCUUUUUAAAAGAUAGUAGGCAGCUGACCUAUGAGAAAGUGGACUUGAAUAGCAUUAGGGCCAUGCUGAAUAGCAACGAUGUCAGCGAGUACCUGAAGAUCUCGCCUCAUGGCUUGGAGGCUCGCUGCGAUGCCUCCUCUUUUGAAAGCGUGCGUUGCACCUUUUGUGUGGAUGCCGGGGUGUGGUACUAUGAAGUCACCGUGAUCACUUCUGGUGUCAUGCAGAUUGGCUGGGCCACACGAGACAGCAAAUUUCUCAAUCAUGAAGGCUACGGCAUUGGGGAUGACGAAUACUCCUGUGCGUACGAUGGCUGCCGGCAGCUGAUUUGGUACAAUGCCAGAAGCAAGCCUCACCUACACCCAUGCUGGAAAGAAGGAGACACAGUAGGAUUUCUGUUAGACUUGAAUGAAAAGCAAAUGAUCUUCUUUUUAAACGGCAACCAGCUGCCUCCUGAGAAGCAAGUCUUUUCAUCUACUGUAUCUGGAUUUUUUGCUGCAGCUAGUUUCAUGUCAUAUCAACAAUGUGAGUUCAAUUUUGGAGCAAAACCGUUCAAAUAUCCACCAUCUAUGAAAUUUAGCACUUUUAAUGACUACGCCUUCCUCACAGCUGAAGAGAAAAUCAUUUUGCCAAGGCACAGGCGUCUUGCUCUGUUGAAGCAAGUCAGUAUCCGGGAAAACUGCUGCUCCCUGUGUUGUGAUGAGGUAGCAGACACACAACUGAAGCCAUGUGGACACAGUGACUUGUGCAUGGAUUGUGCCUUGCAACUGGAGACCUGCCCGUUGUGUCGUAAAGAAAUAGUGUCUAGAGUCAGACAGAUUUCCCAUAUUUCAUGACACACGUGAAGAGGCAUCACGGACUUAUUUCUACUCAAUUCCAGACAAUGUUGAAGAGAAAAAAAAAAAAAUUUCUAAUCAGUUGUGCGCACAUUAAAACUUAUAGCCAUGGCCAGAUUUUAUGCUAAAAAUGGUAGUUUGUCAAAGACAAAAUUCUCUUAGAAUCUAACCCAACUUGCCAGCCCUGAGAAAUUCCUUUUAAGGCCAAGGAAAGCUGAGUGCUAACAGCUAGGCCUGUGGUCCUUCCAUGAAAAACCAUAGGAGACUGUGCCCUCCCGAGUGCUGAAACCACACCGGAAUUCUCCACGUUGCGUGCAUUUGAUUGUUUAACAGGAUGUUUUGUCUCAUUGUAAAGUGUUUAUUUGGGGCAGAAGUCACUAUGGAGAAGUAAAUGACAGCAUUUCUGGGUUAAGCAUAACUCCCCGUUGGUCACUGCACUGCAAGACUUGAAUCUAUAAACUAGAACCACGCAGGUCAAUGCUACAAGCAACAUGGAGGGCCUGAAAGAAGGUGCACAGACUGUGGGGAAAAAAAAACCCAAUUUUUGAUAUUUCUGUGAUUCCAAAGAACAUUGUAGUUUUUUUUUAACUGCAGAAAACUGGUGGUAUUUUCACAUUCAUGGUGUUUCUAUCCAGUUUCAGUACCCGCAUUUUCUGAGGAAAAAAUGUUUUAACAAUGCAGGAGGAAUUCUUAAAUUAAUUGCAAUGUUAGACUGGAGAAAAUUUGGUAUUUAGCGUAUUUUUAAGGUACCAUCAAAUCAGGUUUUUGGUUUUUUGUUAAAAAUUUUUUUUAAUCAGUAUUGUUUUUGGAAGUAAAAUAUACUUUAAAACUCUUGAACUAACAGUCUCAAAAACUCUUAGAGGACAGUCUAAGAGAGCGUAUUCCUAUUGUUUUAAAUAAAUACAUGUUUUUGAAUAGUAAAUUCAAUCAUGGAUUGUUGACUAUGUCUUCAUCAAAAGUGUUAAUCCCUCUCAGGGUCUCUGGUGAAGACCUUCAAGAGUUUGGUUUUUUCUCCCAGAAAAUUGGAAGGUAGAAUUGUAAAUUCAUAGAACUUAUUUUAUAAUGGUGUACCUCAGCAGCUGCCUUUCAAUUUAUGCCAAGUCCUUACUGAGUUUAUACUUGAAUAGUAAAUAUGUCUUCUGAGUUUUACAGUGUCUUAAACUCAAUGCACAUUUUUUUUUUUCUUCCUUUCCCACCCUUUCUUGUUUGUAAUUCAUUAAACUGUCCUAUGACAGAGCUGAUUUCCUUCCUGGCCGUACUUGUUGGGGUGCUGGAUUUUUUUCCAUGUCUUUAGUCUUCCAUGAAUUCAAAUAUAUAUAUAUAUAUAUAUAUAUGUUCUCUUCUUUAGCUUGUGGUGAAUACAGUAAUUUGCAUUGAAGAAAUAAAACAUUUGUUGCCUUUUU